UGGAAAUCUAUCACUGUACUAGAUGCGUCGUAAUAGAGAAAGGAUCACACCAAAUUGGGAUGUCAACUUCACGAAGCAAUGAUAUUGUUGUGCGUCUUAAAAAUACAUCAAAAGGACGAAUUAUUUACGAGAGAAGUCGACAUGUGACAAAGAAAUUCCUUGAUGAAUGUUCUUCUCCACCUGAGUUGUCUUGUCUCCAUGACGAGUCUAAAUACAGAUAUGUGAAUCCAAAUUAUCUGCACCAAAACCAACAACAUCUUAGGGAGAAGAGGGAUGAAGAAAAAGAGGAGAAGAAUGAAGAAUCCUCUGAUUACUGUAGUGAAGAGUUGGCAUUGCAACAUGUGGAGGAACUGCAGACCUCACCACGGAAACCUGCCAUAUUUGUGUCCCCUGACUUUGCAAGGAGUGUAAAGUCUAUUAAGGAGUAUGAACACUUGGGUGACAACAAGGUCAAGGAUGCAUUAGCGAAAAAGGCUAAUGAAUUUCAAACCCACAGUGAUCAGCUACACCAGAAGACACAUAAACAGUUGAAGGAUCUGGAACGUAAAAAUAUCUUAAGAGCUCUUGAAGUGCAAGAGACCACACUUACGCAGCACAGAAAAGGGAGAGAUGAAUCUGCUAAAGUAUACCUGAAGAUGCAAGAAGACCACAGGAAACAUGCACAGAUGUUAGAAAGAAAACAUGAUAAGAUUCAAGAUGAAAUCAGGAAAAAAGAACAGGAAAAGAAAGAGAGAGAAGAGAAAGUGAAGCAGUUGUUUACAGACCUUAAAACUAUCCAGAGUCGGAUACUUGUCAUUCAGCCCAACUGUGCCAUACAAAACAAACUGGCAGACCAGUGUAAAAUGAUAGUUGAAAGAAUCCGUAAGACAGCCUCAGAUCUGGAAAACCACAUCAUCCAUGAGACACAGUCAGGGGAGAUAAACCAAAGUCUUCCUGACAAACUUAAAGAAGCUGUCAAGUUUGCACUAAAUGCUUAUGAAGCCAUAACAAAGAGAAUAGAGGAAGAAAAACAAAAGUUGGAGGAGGAGAAAGCAAAGGCAGCAGCAGCAGCAGCUGAAGCUAAAAGACAAGAGGAACAGGCCAAGGCAGCAGCUGCAGCAUCACCCAUAGCUACUUCAACUCCUGUAUCUUCAUCAUCAGACAAAAACAAGUCCCCAGGAGCUACAAAGUUGGCAGAAGAUGAAAUUCAAUGUGCUGAUAUAGAUGCCUUCGAAUGGUAUACCAAAUUACAGAAAGAUAUGGGAAAGACAGAGGAACUCAUAAAACCACUUUCUAACCCAGAGUCCAAGAAGUUGAAAUUUGACCUGCAGAAGGCUGUCAAUACACCUAUUAAUGCCAUUUCUCCAAUCAGUGGUGAGCACUUGCGAGAGAAACUGAAGCGUCUACUGGAUUUGUUGUCGGGCCAAUCUGUUGAAGUAGGGUCAAAACGGGUCAAUGUAGGCGAUCAUCCACAGGGUCUCACAUUCUGUAAAUACCUGGCUGCAAAGAUGAUUGUGAAAAAAGGAGAUGAACAAGUAUCAUCUAAACAUGAGACAGCCUUUGCCACGGCGAUGGUAUUUGUGGGUCUGUGGAUGGAACACCCAGAUGUAGGUAACUUGUUCCUGAGUCAUCUCCACCGUGCUUGUCCCUACACCGUUCCCUACUACAUACCGAGACAGGAGGGCCAGUCCCCAGAGGACCACCGCAAAACAUUGGGGUAUAGAUACAACUCUGACGGCAGUGUGGAGAAACAGGAUCAGUUCCUAAAGAGGAUGUCAGGAAUGAUGCGUCUUUAUGCUGCCAUCAUGGUGUCCCCACCCCCUCCUCUGAGGGGAACAAGCAACGUCCACCCUCAUGGAGUGGACAAUGCCUGGAUAUGGCUUUGUAGGGUGAUGAAUAUCCAUCCACAUCCAGACAUCACAGCGACAAUGAUUUACGACAUGUUGCAUGUGGCGGGGAAUGCUCUGUAUGCUAAAUAUGGGAAACAGUUUCAAAAACUUUUAUAUAUGCUAAUAAAGGAAUAUUUACCCAAACUAAAACAGGUGGCUUCAUCCUCAGGUGGAGGUCCUCUGACUCGACUAGAAACAUUCCUGGAAAAUUGCCUGAAGCAUAAUAGACAGAUAAUGAUACCCAAUCCAGAAGGUUUCUUACAAGCAGACUUCUGGCUCUCAUCUUGACGUUGGCAUCAGAUGCAGAUUGCUGAAAUUCAACAGAUAUUUGAUGAUACUGAAUACAAUGUGACGCCAUGAGGCCUUCAUCAAGUCAGACUUGUUUAUUUUAUCUGGCCUCUUCUAACCUGCCAUAUGUCCCUAUAAAAACAGUGCAGGAUCCAAACAGAAUAAUACUACAUACUGUAUUAUCCUCUAUUUAGAACCUACAUCUGGAAGAGGAUGAAAAAAUAUUGUUCAAAGUUUCUCGAUAUGUAAUGACAGGAUCUGAUUUACUCUUGAUUUUAAUCAGGUCUAUUAAGAUCCUUCUAAAUGUGUUGUAAGAUGUGAUUCAGCUGUAAGUUGGUGAUUAUGAAGAUAUUGAAGGAUUCAAACUAACAUAUCAUUAAUUAACACAUUACUUAGGGUGAGUUUUCGAUUAAUUAAGUUUUGAAAUCAAACUACUCUAUAUUACUCCUUAGAGUAAGUUUAUAUAUAUAUAUUUCUUUUUUAAGCAAAAUUUUACAAAUGCCAGUUCUAUUCAUGACCUUGGAAUUUUAAUAUGAGGCUUUUUCUUAUCUAUAGUUUCUGGACAUCGUGUUUAUCAGACAUGCUGUCAUUUACAUUCUACAAGUAUACAGUUGAAGAUUACUGAUUUUUAUCUAAACAUGUCAUAAGUUUAUAAAUCUUGAUAACUAGGUCAGCAACUUUUAGUCAAAUGAAAAUGGGAAGAAAGUAAAAGUGAUAAUAAUUUCCGUUUUCCUGUUACUCAUACCUAGAACUUAAUUGAUAUCGGUUGCUGGUUUAGUUGAUUUGAUCGUCCGUCUAGUCAACAUUCAAGGAAAUGUCGACAUUGUAAGAGAUUUUCUAAACUAAACCCCUGGAACAGUGUUGUGUUUCAUGAUCCAAAAUAUCUGAUCAGUCAUUUUGAUUGAAAUUGACUAGUGGCUCUCUCACUAAUCUAAAUGAUCCAGUGGCUCUCUCACUAAUCUAAAUGAUCCCUUGACAUGAUGGAUUUGAAAUUGAACUGGCAUAAUUUGUCUGAUACAAGAUUUUAUCACUUAUUCUUAUGGCUGGUCAUUGUCUUGAUGUCUGCAUGAUUUUAUUUAUCAAAAAAUACUAAAUUAUGUCCUGAUGAAAUUAAUUGAUGCCAGCAGAUAAAAUUCUUUCCAAAUCAUGUAUAAAUGGUAUCAGUCAAUGAAGUAUUUUCUGAAGUGCUGAUUUAGUUUUCACAUUGAAAAAUAUGUAAUGUAUGUUAAUUCAGUAAAAGGUGUUUUAUAUUUCAGCCUGGAAGAUUUUCUGGGUGGCAAGUUUUAGUUUCUAACUAAUGUUAACUCAAUAAUGAUAUGAUGCUUAAGUGUAGCAUUUUAUGAAAUACAAACAAUAUGAUCAUCAUCAACUUCAUCAUCAUCAUCAUCAUCAUUAUCACCAUCAUCAUCAUCACAACCUAUUCAUCUGUUGACCAUCAAAUUUUCCUUAGAUGUCGUGUGUAUUGUUGAUUUGUAUUAUUUGACUUUGAGCGCCGAUAUCAUUAUAAGUCGAAUGAA